AUGUCUGCGACCCAGCGUGUUAAGAAGAGGAAAGUGGACCUCGAGCGUCGGAUCUUCAACCCUGAGUGGGAGAAGUACUUCUUCAUCGAGCGCUUUGGACAGGCCCAGUGCCUCAUAUGCUUGAAGACUUUGGCUGUCCUAAAAGAGUACAACGUGCGCCGCCACUGGGAGACAGAGCACCGCUCGUCAAACUUCGCGUCGAUGUCUGUCACCGAAAGGAAGGACACCAUCGUUAGACUAUCAGGCAACUUGGAGAAACAAACUUCACUCUUCUGCAAGCAGAAUGUUGAGGCUGAAAAGGUGACCCGCGCCAGUUAUGAAGUCUCCCGCAUCCUUGCUCGCCGAAUGAAGCCAUUCGCGGAUGGGGACUUCAUCAAGGAAUGCCUCCUCGCUGUAGUGGACUCCGUCUGUCCAGAGCAGCGUUCCGCCUUUGAGAAAGUGAGCCUUUCGUCCCGCACCGUUCGUCGCCGCAUCGAGGAUAUGUCGGACAACGUGCACGACUCACUCAAAACACGCAGCUCAAAUUUCGUUGCCUUUUCCCUCGCUCUGGAUGAGAGCACCGACACAAAGGACACGGCCCAGCUGUCUGUUUUCAUCCGCGGCGUCACCGCUGACCUUCAAGUGUGUGAGGAAUUCCUCCAGCUUGUCCCGCUGCGCGACACCACCACUGGGCAAGACAUCUGCGACGCCGUGCUUCUGUGUUGA